AUGUCCGACGACGGCCCCCGUCUUAUAAGGCCUAUUCCUCGCCGUCCCUUCGAACUGAACCACAUUGCUCCGACUCCUCCAGAAGAAGACUCGUCCUCCCCCAGUCCGAACCCCGAACUCGACUUGUCUAGACUACAAAAUGCCCAGACGACAUCCUCGGAGUCUGGCUCCAUACCUCGCGCUCAGUCGGUCCUUAACAUGACCGCAUCGACGCUGUUUGGAAUCUACUCGCCAACCACAUACGGCAGAGACUCCCGAGAUGAGCCAGAUACCCCCUGGGGCACUGGGGCGCAAACACCAAUCAAGAGGGCCAACGUUGACGACACAACGUUUGAGCUUAUGAAGGACCGCUCCAACCUGUUGCGCCGACGGUCUUCGUACCGAAGUGGAGCGAAGACCCCGCCGCCCUCGACAGCAACCACGGCCCUGUUCAAUGUGUCCCGCAUUGCACUGCUCUUUGUAAUCGGCAUGGGAUACGGACUAAUGGUCACGAGGUUGCAAAACGAGCACAGAUUUUCGUCGUUCCAGGUCGAGAGUAUGAUAAAGCCCGGCUAUGACUGGCAGUACCUUACAUUCUGGGGCUUGUCUGGUGUCGGCCUCGGCGGCCUGCUCCCUUGGUUCGACGGCGUGUGGGAGGACACAUUUGGAAAGGAGGCAGUUUCGGAGGAGACGAGCGGCAACCCAUCUCCAGAAGAUGCCAGUCCUGUAAAGGACUGGGCUGUGGUUGUGCGCAGCAUAGGCGCUUUUGUCGGCAUUGUAUUCGCCAUUCGAAAACUUCCCUGGGCGUCUACCCUCCAGGUAUCUCUCACACUGGCGCUGGUCAACCCAUUCCUGUGGUACUUGAUUGACCGUUCGAAACCCGGAUUUCUGCUUUCGGCCGCUGUUGGCUUGGCGGGAUCGGCGGUACUCCUCGGCAUCAACCCAGAUGUGAUGCCUACACCCUCAUCUCUGACCUACCGGAACGAGUCGGAGCGGGCCUACUCGGAGCCCAUCACACUCGGAGGGCUCGCCAGCCAGGAAACCAUAGAGAUGGGCAUCUGGAUGCUCAGCGUCUUGUUCUGCAGCUGCGUCUGCUUUGGCAACAUUGGCAGACGGUUGGCGUUGAACAAAUCAGCGUCUGCGCGUGGCCGAUGGGCUGGCACCAGAUGA